AUGACCAGCAUGAUGCGGGUCGUUCUGCUAGUCUUGGCUCUCACUGCAGUCUGCAAUGGCAUCCUCCCCGAGAUAGUGGACUCAGGUAUCAGUCACAUACUGGAGGAUAAAUCCGACCAGGGAGAGUCGGAGCUGGACCGCAUGUUUGUGGAAGUGGAGCAACUGCCAGAGGAUCCGCAGCAAAAGCCUGGGGAUGCGUUUCACCAAAGGAACAACAAGAGUGUGAGUCUCAGCCCUAACCCCAAUGACCUUCCUCCAGGUCAUCACAAUGAAACUGCUUCUGAUAAAGUGACUGAUAAUGACUCUGUCCACACCUCAGUAGACCAGGAGACAAACAACAUAAGCACCACAACUGUCCAAUCCAGUGACUUGGGAAACGGCAUUGAUCAUGGAUGCAUCACUGACAAGGACUGUGGGAAGGGAAGGUAUUGUCUUUAUGUCUUGCACGACUCCAAGUGUCUGCCUUGCAAAGCAAUCGAUGUGUCCUGCACUAAAGAUGAGGAGUGCUGUGGGGAACAGCUGUGUGUGUGGGGUCAGUGCAGUCAAAAUGCAACAAAAGGAGAAGCUGGCAGCACUUGUCAAUACCAGACUGACUGUAGCCCAGAGCUCUGCUGUGCUUUCCAUAAAGCCCUGCUCUUCCCUGUCUGCUUGGCCAAACCCAUUGAGCGCGAGCGCUGCUUUGGUACCUCCAACCACCUGGUAGAGAUGUUGUCCUGGGACGUUCAGGACAAAGGACCCAGGAAACAUUGCCCCUGUGCAGGGGAUCUCCACUGCCAGCACCUAGGGAGAGGGUCCAUGUGCCUUAAAGGAGAGGACUCAAGCGAAGAGGACCUGACAGACACGCUCUACUCUGAGAUAGACUAUAUAAUCUAGACGCAGCUUGAUUUGAUUCACAUUGCCUCGGAAACAACCAGACUGGGGUCUCGAUGGACUCUAGAGCUUUGCUGCAAGGUUAUAGCACUUUCUGUUUACCAGCUUAAUCCAAAGUGAUAAAGCUAUAAAGCAUGGAAAAUGGAUGAAAAUAUAUUGAUUUGCCGUAAAUGAGACCUAAGGUUUCUGAAAAUGUAGAUAUCAAAGUCACUAAAAAAAAACAGGAAACAUAUAUAUAUAUUUGCAAAUUCCUGUGUUGAUACUAAACACUGGUUUCUUAACUAUUUGCUGCAUCUCUAUAUUUUACUGCAACUUAAACCCUUAAAUCUAAUGCUAAUCCCAGCCGUAAGUACUCACUGUUUAAAUUUGUAAUGUCACCUGCAUUGCAUUGUCAUCACUCAGAGUGGCAGCAUCAUCCUGACAAACUGAGACCAAAAUAGAACAAAGAAGAACGUUACCUUUGAACCACUGAAUUUCCAGUCUCACUCCAUUUACUGUGCACUAGAAAGAAAAAGAAGGAGGUACAGUCAUGUUUCAUGUACCGUAUAACCCAGUAAAACCAUAUCACAGAAGCAUCCAAGAAUCACUCACCUUAAAAUUAUAUCUAGAUUCAUCUACAGGACGCCAACGCUUUCCUCCUUUUACAUGUCUGAUGAAACUUCAAAGUUGUUUCCGAGUAAAUAUUAUUCUGGCUGCUUGUUGUUAAGCUUUAUUUUUUCUCUGCACUUUCCCCGUUAUUUCUGAGAAAGCAUUUGGCGACCCUCGCUGCUUGAUCCUCCAAAAACUGCCUUGCUGCCUAGAAACACCUUCAUGAUGCUCUAUGUUUCACGAAAGUACUGUAUGUUUUUGCCAAGACCUAAGCCUCAAAAUUUUUAUGGCUCAGAGAUGACAUGUUAUUGUAUGUUUAACAAGAGGAAACACUGUCCAACAUGCCAUGGUGUGAUUUAUUCUCUCCAUAUUGUCUGUAUGUGUAUAUAUUUAUUAUGUAAUGUGUCUUUUCUUUUAUAUAUGAACUUAAUUCUGUAUCACUUUAUUUCAGUAAUCCACUGUUGUCUGUCAAGCAGUACCUCAUAUUCAUAUGCAAAUGCAUUAGACUGUACAGUUGUACUUAAUUAACUUAUAACUCGGGGUAAAAUCCUGUUUCACUUAUUAAAG